AUUAACUAUUUGUUUGCUCGUUAUUUCAUACGCGUAAAUUUGAUGGUGUAUUAACAUAAAACACCAGUUUUUAAGUUGGAUCUUCAACAACACUACAGUGAAAACCACAUUUAAUUUUGUCCAGUAGCUUUUGCUUGAUAUCAGAGCAAACAUAAAAUUUUUUUUGUGGUUGAUUGGUCUUAUUAAGACUCCUCGUAUAAAUUUUAUCAAUUACCUCCAAUUUACCUAUAUACAUUGCCUAGUUACAAUUUUAUUAUAAUAGUAGGAUAGUAGUCUUCAAAUUCACACGGGAAAUUUGUAGAUAGUGUUAUAUUCUUUCUUAGAGAUUUAGGCUAAUUGUAAAUAUUGAUGAUGGUGUUAAAAAUAUAUGUGAUUUGCCAGUGGAAACUAUUAUUGAAUCCGCCUCUAAAUGUUUGAUUACCAUUAAUCAGUCAUUAAAAGUGCCUAUCAAAUUACCAACAGGCAUAUCACACAGAAUAGAAGUGGCAGCUCAAAUAGCCUCCAUUUGUAAGGACCUGGGUUACAAAAAUGAUGUUGGCUAUCAAACAUUUCUUUAUUAUAAUGAAGCAGAAUUACGACAAGUCUUUAUGUUUCUCAUUGAAAGAUUACCAAAUGAAGGGAAACAGAAAACAGCCGAUGCAAUAGAUACAAAUAGAAAAUCAUUACUUUUACGAAAUAUUAAAUAUAAAAUUGGUGAAGAAAUGAACUUGAUUUGGAUUCCACCUUGUUGCAAUCUUCCAAGUCAACAGAGUAUUGGUGAUUUUACAUAUUCCAAGGUAAAUUGUGACCAAACUACAAUAAAAACUAGUCUCACUAAAGAGGAAUUGGUACAAAAGUUACUGAAAAUGAAAGAAAUUAUAAAUAAAAAGCAAGCUUUACCUAUAACACAUCUUGAGGAGAUCAAAAAUGUCUGUAUAGAUGAAACGAAUAUGGCAUGCGAAAUAAAUAAAAGCCUAAAAGAAUUAAAAGAAAUUGCUAUUCAUCUAAGGCAAAAGUUAGAUACUCUAGAGAGUGAAAGGAAUGUGAUGGAUGUUGAAUAUUCUCAGGCCAUAAAAUCAUGUGAAAGAGCUGAAGCGGAUAUGAAAAAUGUUCAAAAUAUUCUAAAUAGUAUUGGAAUAACGGACAUAGAAAAUGAAGGAGCAAUAGACAAUACAUUGGAAAAAGUCCAAAAUAACAUCAAUAUGUUACAUAGGAAAAGUGAAGAGUUAACAUCAAAAAAUUUGUCCCUCAAAGUAGAAAUCGAUAAAAUACGAAGCAGUAUGGCUUUAUCUGAGUCUGAAAGAAGCAAAUGUAGAAAUAUAUUGAUAAAUUUGAAACAAAAUGCUAAAGAUAUGAAAGACGAAUAUGAAAAAAAAGAGAAAAUAAAAAAGCAAUUAAAAAUAAAUUACGAAAAAUUAAAGGGAGGUAAUAAAAGGUCAACUUACACGAAAAGAAUAUUAGAAAUAAUUAGCAAUGUUGAUAAACAAAACAUGGAAAUAAAAAAAAUAUUAGAAGAUACAAGACAAUUACAAAAAGAAAUAAAUUCUUUGGAAGGUCAAUUAGAUAGAUGCUUUACUCUUGCAGAUGAAACUUUGUUCAAGGAUGCAAAGAAAGAUGAUCAAGCUAAAAAAGCUUACAAGUUACUAGCACUGUUACAUUCAGAAUGCAAUACAAUUGUCUCUCUGGUCAAUGAUACUGGUUCUUUAGCCAGGGAUAUAGUAGAUUUAGAAGAUAAUAUUAAAAAUGAAAAGGCUAAAAGAACUGAAGAUAUUUUGAAAAAGAUCAAUCUUGAUCUCACCCAAAUGCAAAAGGAAUCUAUUCCAAACUAGUAAUGAGACUAAUUUAAUAUAGUAUUAGUUAAAUGAAAAUGUUAUGCUUUCUGUAUAAUAAAAACUAAAAAAUAAUUGCAAUAAUAAUUUUAUUAAUUAAAUAAAUUUUAAGUUUUGUUAUUUUCGUUUAGGCAAAAUUUCUGGUGGAAUAUAAUUAUUGUCACUA